GUAAUUUGUACUAAACCUGUACAGAACAUGGCUUAGUAGACCAUACUUCACAUUAAUUUACGGAAAUUAUCACAAACAGACCAAUUCCAAUUCUUAUUUUAAUUGUUUUCUAGUGAGAAGAAUAUAUACGGAGUAAUUCAUUCCAAACACAGUAACCGUCUUCUGAAAGGACAUGAACUCCGAGAUCGAAAUUAAAACUCAACGAACCCUAUGAUGAAAGACUGAAUCACCUAUAAAUGCGGCGUACAUACUUUACUGGCUAUGGGUUCAUAUCGCCGUGAUCAGGGUGAUGCAGCAGUUAUUAAUGUAAUGAUGAUGAUUUUAGCCGUCGUUGGUUGGGUUGCCAUAAUUAUAAUUAUUACUACAUCCACCGUGCAGCCUCCGAAAGUUCGCAUCUACUAUACGCCUUCACACUUUCAGCUAGACCCACCACCUCCGGCAGCAACAGCACGGCAACGGAACCUCCGCCGCUCACCGCCAACUGCACCGUCGCGUUUGCGUUCGACAACAACAACCAGUGUGGUGUCUACGGUUAUGAUUAUACUAGAGUACUAUAUGAGUACAAUGAGAUCGAGGCAUCAGUUGUCUGGGGCGGCCGGAACGAGACGUUAAUGCGAGCCAACCUCGAAACCGUCUUGCAGGGUAGCCUUGAGAAAAAGCCGGUGUUGCUGGCCGCGACUGAUUUAUUCGUGCCGUCCGAUCUGCAAUGGACGGUGGAUUAUACAUUCACAGUCAAUGUGAAAACUAGGGUUAGGGCACAAGUCGGGACAAAAGACGAGAAUGCAUUUUACAUAAAGGCAACUUGUGAUGAAGUAAAGAUUGGGUUUAGAGAAACACCAAGUGGUGAUAGGGUUGUGGCCAUGUUGGAUGGACCGGUGAUGUGUAGGGUUGUGAAAUUGAAGUCUAGCUUUAAUCUUUGAUUAGCCGUUUUAUUACUCGUUUAAUUUAAUUAGCAGAUGGAUUAAUUUGAAUAGACUUGGGGAUUCUAGCUAAGUUAUUUUGUCAAUUUUGGCAAAA